CGUUGUCUCUAGUUGCCAUAGUAACAAACUCCGCGUGGCACAAACAUUUAGUCGAGCAUAUAAUAAAGCAAGGGAACGUCGGGGAAAGCGCCCAGGUAUUAAUCUUGAAAUGUUGGCUUCUUUCAUGUACUACAGUAUGUUUGAAGCACCGAAUGUAGAAGUUGAUGUAAACAGGUUGUGUGUGCCUGUCAUGGUGUGGCACGAGGAUGACAGAGAGAACCCCAUGACCGUAAAGCAGGACUGUAAGAGACUUCAGGAGUUAUCACAUGCCCCUAUCUCAUGUUUGGUUGGGACCAUGGAGAGUCUAAGUGAGGAAAUUUCCCACCUACCUUUGCUGCAAAGACACAGCAGCCCUGUGCAGAGCAGUCAUGAGAAUACAGUCGGCCACCUGGAGUCUACGGCUAAUGAGAAGAGAGAGAAGCCCCGCAGUAUCCUCUGCUCAAAUUCGUGCAAGAGUCACACGGUCACUGAGAAGAUGAUGGACAUACCCAAGAUGGUGGAGCUGUACCAGUGUCCACAGUUUGGUGAUGUUCCAGUACCUCUGCCACACAAUACAGCAUAUAGUGCCAUCGUCACAAGUGUCAUACAGGCACAGCGCCACCUAGUGCACAAGCCCAGGUUAAAGACUGUCUUCCAUAACAUCCUCUCUUCCCCCACUGUGGAAAGCUUCGUCAUCAAUUCGUUCUGGUGGCUCUUCCUGGAGAACUUUCAGCCGGACAGGAAAGCACAGGAUCGACUGUUCGGCCGGAUUGCAGAGAAUUACAUCAGCAUUCUGACCCAGAGCUUGUCCUCUAACAGUGGCACUAUCUUUCUUCAGGAUUUGCCCAGCAUACUGAGUCAGGUGCUGUUCUGCUGCUUCUCCUGCUGCUUCCCACAGUCCUGCUGUUUCUGUGAUCCAACCUUCCUCACAGCUCUGUGCUCCACCGUUUACCAGUGGACCGGAGGGCUCUGUCCUGCUCCUGAAGUCUAUAAGCAAUGGGACUUUGAAGCUCUGGAGGCAAAUGAGUCCAGUAACAUUUUGCUAAGAGAAAAAAAGAAGAAGGAGAAUGACUCAUCGCUAACUUCUAUCGACAGUGUGUUUUCUAGCAUCUUCUUGACUGAAACCUCCAGCAGCCACACAGCUGUUAAAAAGAAGAGAAUGAAGAGUCUGUGUGACGUGAGUCAGGCCGAUGCAUUGAACUCCAAGAACAAGAUCACUAUGACCUGCAGAAACACCAGCAAAGUGGAGAAAACAGCAGCUUCACAAAACAACCCAGGCUGUGAUCUGAAAGGUGACCACAGAAACACCACAUCAGACCAAGAGUCUCAUGCAGUGGAUGGACACAUGGAGGUGAAGCACUGUGUGUUUAAUGUGUGGGGAAACUCACCUCUGGUGCAGCACUACAUGAACACAAUGCAUCUGCAAAGCAACAUAGGUUACAAUGUUCUAGUGAGGAGAACCCAAAUCCAAGCUCUGCAUCAAGCAAACUCACCAACUUACCGAGAUGUUCUGAGGCAAACACGUCAGCGUUCCUCCUGCCAGUGGAAGGAGCUGCGCUCUCUCUGGGCACAACACUCUCGGGAAAUAAGCAUCAUGCAGAAGAAACGGGAAGACGAACAAAAUCAGCUUCUCAGAAAACACAAGAAAAUCCUGUCUCAGAGACCUGUGGUACAUAAACUCUGCCAACUGCUUGUGCCACCAAACAAGGGAGAAGAGGAAAGCAAAACACGCUCUGAGAGAUUGCUUGCAUUUAGAACCAUAAUAGCUGGAAUUGAAUAAAACAUGUUACAUCCACUAUAGGUGCACAGUACAUUUAAAGGAGAAAUGAGCAAAAUCUACAUCUCUUGUCUUUAAUCAACAUGGUUUCAUGGAUAAAUCCCUAGAUUCUAGGUUUUCUUCACUUCACUUCCUUUCACUUCCAAUGCUCGUGGAUAUUCAUUGAAUGGACUUUGAGGUUUAUAUGAAAAUUAAGCAGCAUCAGUAGGACUGUACUACUUUGGACAACCACUAGAUGUCAGUAUAAGCUUUGACAUUAAUGUACCUGUUUUCUUUACUGCUCUGCUCUCUUCACAGACUGAUACAGAGACAAAAAGUAAUAAACUUUAACAAAAAAACAAACAAAAAACAAACCCUUACUUGAUCUGUUUUAUAGUUUUGUGCCAUUUUGUUCAGCACCCAGGCGACUCAGGAAAACCUUGAAUAUUUUUGGACUACUUUUUCAAAAACAGGAAAAAUAAGAAAAUAAAAAUAAUGUUCUUCAUCUUGCGAGUCUAUAUUGCAGACUAUAUAACAAAGGCCAUUGUGGCCAUACAGGUUGUUUCAUCAGACAAUGGACACGUCUACAAAAAGUCGCAUCUUUGUCCCCUAGCACACAUGCAAACUGUAGUCAUUUAUCUGGGCAUUUUUUUUAGCUGAUUUUACCAAAAAAGUGUUUGCUAAAACUGUCUGCUAAAACCACAGAUUAAAAAAUACGUUUUUAUGACUUCAGCCAAAAUGUAUGUAAACGUCUGGCUUCACCUGGAGGUCUUUCACUAAACCGUUGCCUCAGUUGUAUAGAAUUUCAAAACAUGCUGUAGCAUGAACAGAGGAACUGUGGCAGAUUCUCCAAGUAGCUCAGAAAACAUUACCAACCAAAAAAAAACCACCCAAUUUCCUUAUAAUAUUUCACAAAAUGUAUUUAUUUAUUCAUUCAUUCAUUCAUUCAUUCAUUUAUUUAUUUAUGCUGCAACAACCA